GGAUUACAUCAGGAGUAAGCGGGAAAUGCGGUUGCAUCAGUUAGUAGUCCAAAACAUCAAGAACCUAAAAGGUUCUACUUCUGGAGGUUCUACUUCUGGUGCUCCUUCUAUAGGAAUAGGAGGGUCUGUAGUUGAUAAUUCAACAGAAUCUUCUGGUUCUGGAUCUGCCGCAGAACAAGGACCUUCAACUUCCACUUCUACGCCAUUUGAACGUCCUCUAAGCUCUCUCUUAGAAGAGAAAUUUGAGAAGCAUAAGAAAGUCGAGGAACUUCGAAAACAAGUUCUGCAACGGGAACAGGCAGAGCAACGGACUUUUUUGGCGACGCUUCGUGAGAACAUCCGACGCAAUCUGAAGCGGAAACCUCUCCAGUUUGAUGGCAAGUUCAACCCUUGGACCAGCACCAACGUUUUAUGCCAGCAGAGUGUGUUGUACUUGUUCUGGGCGUUGCAUGGCAUGCGGGAGCAUGUGGACCGACAACGGGCACUGGCGCAGCACGCAGCAAAAAGUGCUGGGAAGUCUUCUGGCGCCUCUGGAGUAGAUUCUGCCCCGUUCGAUUGUGUGGACGUUAACCAGGCGUGGAGGAAAUUCACAGAGCAAGUGCUGUACCCUAAUGCCAUCUUCCUGAAGGAUCCACGUGCUGUGUUUGUCUUGAGGAUGUUCACGAAGUUACCUGGUGGCAUCGAAAAGCAUCUAGCGAAGGGUGGAGGAGCAGGAGGUACGCCUAGCGGAGGAGCCUCCAGUACUACUGCUAGUAGACCUCCAGAUAGUACAAAAGGAACAGCGCAACAUCAGUUUAAUGUUUUCAACAUGAACUUUUUUCAGCAGAUGGGUGCUGGAGGAAUGAUGGCUGGAAUGCCUCCUGGAGUUGCUCCCUUUAUCCCUGGUGCCGGAGCUGCUAUUCAUCGAAGUGGUCGUGUAACCUCCCCUCAGGGCGGGGCGGUGACAUAUGCACCUAGCGGUUGCGGCGUUGUUCCUGGUGUUCCACUCCCGGAUGGCAUGCCUAUGGCAAUGCCCUUCCCGUUUCCUCCUUGGGCGGCGUGUGGGUCGGCGAUGAUGCCCACUGGACAGUUUGCGGAGCAGCAAAUGAUGAUGUUUCAACAGGCUGCUCAGGCUCAGGCAGGUGGAUGGGGAAAUCCUGCUGCAGCUAUGAUGAAUAGUAUGGGAGCUGGUGGUGGCGGAAAUGUAGCGCCAACACGUGACCAAUCUUCAGGUGCGGCGUCUUCAGGAGCAGGCACUCCUGACCAGCAAAAGCGCACAACUUCUCGAUCUCGACGCAAAAGUGAAGUCGACACACAAGGAAGUUCACCAGCGUCUUCACAAGAUCCUCAAGCAAGUUCUUCUGAGCAAAAUGCUAACAUUCAACAUCCUGCGUCUAUCAUGUAUCAUAACCAGCAGCAGGAGCACCAAGCAGGGCCAUAUCACCCACCUUUUUUAGGUGGGGAAGACUGGUCGACGCACUCGUCAUGGUGGCAGUAUUCGCAAGCACAACAACAACAACAAGGAGGUCAAGAGCCUCAACAAGAACUUAAUAUGCAGAUGAUGACACCCACACCCGAACAGAUAUUACAGCACGCCCAAAUGAUGGGAAUGUUAAGGCUCACAACAAUUCAUCUGAAGAAGCAUCUUUAACCCCUCUGCUAAGAGUAAAACACGCCAAAGAUGCACUCAGUGAUGAAUUUGCGUGAGGUCUAAGAAUGAUGCCUUUCUUUCCGAGCAGUCCGACAUUACAACAGCCUCCACUUCCACAAGGGCAGGGAGACUUUGAAGACUCUUUGAAGUCGUUGCUUGCUAAUAUAGAGAUGAUGCCAACCGGAAGAUCCGGAGGAGCACAACACCAAGAACAAAAAUAUCCCCAUCAACAUGAAGAUGAACAACAAGAAGAUCAUUCUUCUCAGCACCGUUUCUCCCGCUCCUCAAUCGCAGCAGCUCCGUUCGUUCCGGGUGAUCUUACACGGUCUAAAGGCUCGCCACCCGUCGGGAAACCACGUGGGAAACCCGUCAGGGAUUGGGAAGAUUGUGCGAGUGAGGAGGUAAGAAAUCGCCUACUUUUCAUGGCUGCAGCAAUGGAACAAGAUGGUUCUCCUGGAGGUGAACAUCUUCAACAAAGUAGUACUUGUUCUACUCAACAUGAUAAUUCGUCAUCGGUACCCCUUCAACUACCGAGUGGUACUUGUUCUACUCAAGAUCAGACAUCGUCAUCGGUCGUAGAAGUACCCCGUAGACGAGCUCCACCAGGACUAGAAGAAGAACAGCAGGACCACGUUGAGAAAGACGCUCUUCACGCUAAUUAUAAGGGUCAUGAACAUUAUUCGCCAUCCAAAGGCGAACAAGCCAACAAAGGCGGAGCUUCCUCUCAUCCUCUCUGGCAAGGCAGCAAAGGUCGGGGAAAGGGCCAUGAUGAAUAUCUUGGAGGAAAAGUUAAAGUAGGCAAAAGCAGCCGUCAGCAUCAUCAGCAACUUCAUCAUCUGGCAUCCUCUAGUCCUAGCCCUCCUAGUGCCACUACUCCUUCGUCCGAAGAACCGGCUAAAGGACAGCAAGGAAAAGGAUCUUCUAAAGAAGGACGUGCACAUCGAGGAAAGGGCCAAGGUGCAUCGUCGUUUUUGGUUGGAGGUAAAAAAGGAGAUGCUGCAGGGGGAAAAGUUCAUCAUAGAAUUAUUUAGAGGUGCUUCUGCUUUUGAUAAAGGUUAAAAACCACGACUCAGGUCCGUUAUUUUCCGCGUUUUAGUUCUACACUACUUAGGGACAUUAUAAGAUUUAUGUACGUAGUAAUCGAGUUGUGUGUCAGCCGUUUCUGAACAAAAAUCGCUGUUGCAGCAAGCUGGUAAGAUGAAAUAUCAAAUCCAAAUGUAAACGAGUGGUUUCUGAAUAAAAUAAUGAUUUUCUUUUUGCGAUAUAUGGAAUCUCCUACCAGGAAGACAGGAGCAUGCAUUUUUUGCUUCCUACGAAACUACUGAUAUGAUAUCGGAGAAAUGUUGUACUUAGAUGUUGAUGUAAGUCUAAAAAAAAGAUGAUAAAAAAAUGACGACGUGAUAUAUUUACUUUCCUUGAUGUAGAAGCCACGAUAUUACGAAUAUAAUGAUCUUGAUAGUUGAAGCCAGGCCGUGGACGCGCUGCACGGCAGCGUCUUUUUGGCAAAGCCGUAUCUGCGCGGCAUAUUAUGACGACAAGAAUCUCAUCUUGAUCUUCGCAGUUGCAACUUAUUUUCAAAAAGGCAUGAAUUUGGGAUGUGCUACAACGAUACGGAACAAAUGAAAAAAGCGAUUACCAAACUAAUGCAUGAACGAACCAUAUCGUAUCGCUUUUUCGAAAUCUCUUAUACAGCGUAACCUUUUCAGCUAUGUCUGUCUACGAUAGCAUUUUGGCCGGUUCUUUAUGAUUUUGAGAUAUUGGCAAGGUAAUUACAGAAGUCGUGGGGAGUAGAAGUUUAAUCUCUUGUGCAGCGGCAACCGAAUGCCCAACAUUUCUACACGACUAUUACUGAGACACAGCUACCGAUGCUGUGCCUGCGGUGUAUGAUCUUCUUUUUUUCUUGCAUGAAAAUUUAUUCACGUCGGUCAAACUGGUGAAUAAAGGCUAUCUAUUUGUAUAUCUUUACUGUUAGACCACGUCUCUACGGUCACCAUGAACGGUGAUAACAGGGACAAUAGCAUGCAUAAUGAGCAACAUUCAACAAAAUUGGUGAAGGUGAUCAUACUUCUUGUUC